AUGGAGAAUAGCGAUUCUGGGGUGAACGUAGCAGUGCAGCAGGAUGUAGCUGUUGACCAUCUGUUAAUGAGCAGGGACGGCAAACACUCUGAAGGGGCUGAAUUGUUCAGUGGACCGCGGCAAGGUGAUCCUUUAUGCGGCGUGCUUUGUCCGCAACCGGGGGCUUUUCCCGACGAUGCGGGCGAGCCGGGACUAGGUCAGGUAUGCAGUGAAAGUGCAGCUACCCUUAGCGGAGCUACGGUUUCUCAGGCGCACGAGGUGAGCGCGUCGAAAGUAGCAAUUUACGAUGAGCUACGGCAGUUUUUACAGAGGAUGGAUAGAGAUGAUAGGUUGAGAGAUAGGGUGAUUAAGGAAAUAUUGGAAGUCAUGGAUAAAGGUUAUAAGGAAAGAUGGGAAGCAAUGGAUAAAGAUAGUAAGGAAAGUAUGGAGGCAUUGAAUAAGGGAAAUCAAGAGGCAAUGGGGAAGCUACACACAGUUAUCGAUGAGCAUCUGCCCGCAGUUAAUAAUCGGUUAGAUGAGGGGGAGAAGAAUCUGGGUGCGUUGAAGGAAGUAUGUGACGCCGUGGAAGAAAAAACUAAUAAUUUGGAGGUACAAGUAUUUGCAAUAGAGAGUGAUACUACUGAACCGGCGCUGGGCCCGUGGACGUUCGGCUCGGCGCUGGGCUGGUCGUCGCCGGCGUCGGAGCACCUGAGCGGCGAGCUGGGCCUGGCGCUGGAGGAGGUGUCGUGGGUGGCGGGGGUGACACCGCUGGCGGCCGUGCCGGCCAUGCUGGUGACGGCGCUGACGGUGGGCCGCUGGGGGCGGCGGCCCGUCAUGCUGGCGCUGGGCCCACCCUGCGCUGUCGGCUGGGCGCUCGUCGCCUUCGGCCGCGCGCUGCCCCUGCUGCUCGCCGGCCGCGUCCUCACCGGCUUCUGCGGCGGCGCCUUCUGCGGGGCCGUGCCCAUCUACACGGGAGAGAUCGCCGAGAAGCAGAUCCGAGGCGCGCUCGGGGUCUUCUUCCAGCUCCUCCUCACCUGUGGUAUACUGUACGUGUACGUGGUGGGGAAGGCGGUGUCGCUGCAGACGCUGGGCCUGGCGUGCGGCGCGGUGCCCGUCGCCUUCACGGUGCUCUUCUUCUUCGCGCCCGAGACGCCGCUCUACCUGCUGGGCCGCGGCCGCCGCGAGGACGCCAUCGCGGCGCUGCGUUGGCUGCGGGGGCCGGCCGCAGACAUCUCGGGGGACCUCGCCGAGAUGGACGAGGUGAUAACGUCGGCGAAGCAGCGGAAGGACGGCGUGUUGUCCCUGGUGAGGUCCCGCGCUGCGGUGAAGGGCCUGGCCACAGGGGUGGGGCUCAUGAUCUGCGAGCAGCUGUCCGGCGUCAACGUCAUCAUCUUCUUCUCCGUCAGCAUCUUCGCCAGCGCCGGCAUCGCCCUCGACGCCAACACUUGCUCCAUCAUACUCGGCUGCGUUCAGGUGCUGUCGACGCUGGCGUCGGCACUGGUGGUGGACCGCGCGGGGCGCCGUCCGCUGCUGCUGGUGUCCCACGUGGGCAUGGCGGCCAGCAUGGCGGGCGUGGGCGCCUUCUUCCACGUGCGCGACACGGGCUCGGCGGCGGCGCUGGGCUGGCUGCCCGUCACCUCCACGUGCGCCUUCCUCUUCUUCUUCUCCAUCGGCUCCGGGCCGCUGCCCUGGGCCAUCCUCGGCGAGGUCUUCCCCGACGAGGUGAAGCCCGUCGCCACGGCCAUCGUGGGCGCCACCAACCUCAUCCUCGUCUUCGUCGUAGCCAAGUCGUACGCCAACCUCGUGGAGGCUUUCGGCGUCGCCGUCACCUUCUGGAUAUACGGCGUCAUUUGCUUCGCCGGCGCCGUCUGGAUCUUCUUCUUCGUCAUCGAGACCAAGGGGAAGACUCUGGAGCAGAUCCAGCGCGAGCUGUCCGGCCGCCACGAUCAGGACGCGCAGAGCGACUCGACCGCCGACGAAUUCCGCCUGAAGUAACGCUUUAGUCCUCGUCUGCCCGUCUGAGCUACAACGGACAGAUGUAGGACGCGCUUGUACCUAGAGUGAGCCGAAUGAUACGAACCAUCGAGUUCAAUGACAGUCUCAUUUCUGAAAUCGGACACUUCAAUAUACCUUCCUACA